AUGGCAACCACCGACAGCAUCUUGCAAGGUGUAUCCAUCUCUGGCACCGUGCAGCCAGAGCAUAAAAAGAUCCUGACACCAGAGGCAUUGGCCUUCCUAGCACUACUUCACCGAUCCUUCAAUAGCACUCGCAAGACACUAUUAGAGCGUCGCGUCGCACGUCAAGCUGAGAUCGACAAAGGCAACUUGCCGGACUUCCUACCUGAGACAAGACACAUCCGUGAGAAUCCGACAUGGAAAGGCGCGCCACCGGCUCCGGGUCUUGUCGACCGGAGAGUAGAGAUCACAGGCCCUACGGACCGCAAGAUGGUCGUAAAUGCGCUAAACUCAGAAGUAUGGACUUAUAUGGCGGAUUUUGAAGACUCAAGCGCCCCGACGUGGGACAACAUGAUCAAUGGCCAAGUAAAUCUAUACGAUGCUGUGCGGCGACAGGUUGACUUCAAGCAAGGCCCGAAAGAGUACAAGCUACGAACAGACCGCGUGCUCCCUACCCUUAUUGUGCGACCCCGAGGAUGGCACCUCGAUGAGAAGCACGUCACAGUAGACGGAGAGCCGAUCUCGGGCUCUCUAUUCGACUUCGGCCUGUACUUCUUCCAUAACGCGCGCGAGUCCGUCAAGCAGGGCUUCGGCCCAUACUUCUACCUGCCCAAGAUGGAGUCGCAUCUGGAAGCGCGCCUCUGGAACGACGUAUUCAACCUAGCGCAGGACUCAGUAGGCGUCCCGCGCGGCACGAUCCGCGGCACUGUCCUCAUCGAGACAAUCCUGGCCGCAUUCGAGAUGGAUGAGAUCAUCUACGAGCUGCGGGACCACAGCUCGGGUCUUAACUGCGGUCGCUGGGAUUACAUCUUCAGCACCAUUAAGAAGUUCCGCCAGAACAGCGGGUUCGUCCUACCGGACCGCAGCGCGGUUACCAUGACGGUUCCGUUCAUGGACGCGUACGUUAAAUUACUGAUUCAGACGUGCCAUAAACGUGGCGUCCAUGCUAUGGGCGGUAUGGCGGCUCAGAUCCCGAUUAAAGACGAUAAGGAGGCGAAUGAUAAGGCGAUGGAGGGUGUGAGGGCUGACAAGUUGCGGGAGGUGCGCGCUGGUCAUGAUGGUACAUGGGUAGCACACCCGGCUCUGGCAUCUAUUGCCUCCGAGAUUUUCAACAAGCACAUGCCGACGCCGAACCAGCUGUUCCGGCGACGCGAGGACGUUAAGGUCGGCCGAAAUGACUUGCUAAAUAUGAACGUCCCUGGAAAGAUCACCGAGGAUGGUAUCCGGAAGAACCUGAACAUCGGCCUUGGUUACAUGGAGGCUUGGAUCCGCGGGAUUGGCUGCGUGCCUAUUAAUUACCUGAUGGAGGACGCCGCCACAGCCGAAGUUUCCCGGUCGCAGCUCUGGCAAUGGGUACGCCACGGCGUAACCACAGCCGAGGGUAAGAAAGUCGACAAGGCAUACGCAUUAAAGCUCCUAAAAGAUCAAACGGACCAACUCGCUGCCAAUGCGCCCAAGGGCAACAAGUUCGGCCUCGCAUCACAGUAUUUUGCGGGCCAGAUCACGGGUGAGGACUACGCUGAUUUCCUGACGACUCUGCUGUACGAUGAGAUUACUGCGGUGGGAAAUGCGGCGCCUGCUAGUAAGCUAUGA